GUUUGCACCCACAUGUGUUUCCCCUGAUCAUGUCCGUAGCACAGAUGGACACUCAGGUAUCGGAAAUAGGUUUCCAUUUGUAAUUGAUAGGCUUUGCUGGUACCACUUGCAUCCAUGGGGAAUUGAGCUGGGGGGAGGAAUGGUGAUUUUUAAAAGCAAAGUAUUAGACUCUUACUACUUUUCCCUAGAUCAGCUGAAUUCUGGAGAGCUCUGUUGCUGUCAUCUCGGGGUCUCAAACUCAGAUGCCUGCAGGGGCCAGGAAGGAAACAUACAUGAGAGAAGUAAAGUGGGUGUUAGGAAGACAACAGGGAUGGGUAGGGACUGUGGUAGAUUGUAGCAUUCAUGCCCUGCCUAAAGGGGGCAGUCAUUUCUCAGCUGGAAUUUGGGCCAAAUAUUACCAGAUAGUCUGAUUUUUCAAAAGGGACCAAGAUAUACGAAUUUUUACAUGAAAUGUCUCCAUUUUCAAAAUCUUCUCCAAGCCAGGCAAAAUAUUUGUGAACCAAAUGCAGCCCAUGAGCUAUGAAUGAAUAAGCGAUCUCAUUCUAGUGGCACAAACCCUUAGCUUUGAGGGCUGGGAAGGAAGAAGUCUAUAGAAGCUGAGGUUUUGACUUCAGUUUCUCAGAAGUGCUCUCAUCGUGUUGGCCUCAGCAACAGGAAAUGUACUCAUUUGUUGAGCAUUUCUUGGAGCUUUUACACUGCUGGGCACAGAGAUUCAGAGAUGAGUAAAGCACACUCUUCCCCCAGGGAGCAAGCAGUCUACUCAGGAGCCAGGCUUGCAACCAGAUCAUUCGAAAACAGGUGACAAGUGCAGUGAAGAUAAAUGGGGGGGGAGGGGUGGCUGACAUUCGAUUUAGCUGGAAGAGCCAAGGAGGGCUUCCUGGAGGAGUGAGCAUGCCUGUCCAAUUCAUUCCUGUAUCCUCAAGAUGAUGUUUACUGAUACAUGAGCUAACAUGGCACUGUUGUGAUAACUGUGCAUGUUUUGGACAUUGACCCUGAUUUAUGGCAAGUGAUACCAGUUUUCCAUGUAUGGAAGGAAUACAAGGUGUCCAUUUGAGUUAAAUACUAAUAAUAACAGUAGACAGUGGGAGUUCUCUGGGGGCCUAGUGGUUAGGCUUCCAGGCUUUCACUGCCACAGCCCGGGUUCAAUCCCUGGUUAGGGAACUGAGAUCCUGCAAGCCACGUUGCAUGGCCAAAAAAUAAAUUAAAUAAAAUAAUUUUAAAACUAAUAGUAGACAGCAAGUAUUGAGUACCUACCAUGUCCCAGGCACUGUAUUAAGUGGUCUUAGACAGUAUAUAAUUCAUUGAAUCCUCUCAGUAAUCCUGUGAAGUAGAUCAUAUGGUCAUACCCAUUUUACAGAUGAGGAAUUGAAACACAUUGAGGUUGAGUGACUUGCCCAGGCCACGUGGCUCCAAAAUCUAUGCUCGUAACCACAACAGCAGACAGGCAUUUAUUGCUCACAGUUCUGGAGGCUGGGAGUCUGAGAUCAGGGUGCCAGCGUGGUCGGGUUCUGAUGGGGGCUCUCUUCCUGACUUGCAGGUGGCUACCUUCUCACUGUGCCCUCACAUGGGACCUCUAGUGUCUCUUCCUCUACUUAUAAGUGCACUAAUCCCACCACGGGGGCUCCACCCUCAUGACUUCAUCUAAACCUAAUCACCCCCCAAAGGCCCCACAUCCUAAUACCAACUCAUGGGAGGUUAGGGCUUUUCCCCCUGUGAAUUUGGGGGAACACAGUCCACAUCAGCAAAUAUCUGCAGAAUCAGCAUCAUCUGCGGAGACUCAGGAGUCACUGUGGGUCUUUCCUCCCCACUCCCCGCAGGCCCGAGAGGGAUGUGAAGGCCCAAAAUGACCCUCUUACCGGGAGACAAUUCUGAUUACGACUACAGCGCGCUGAGCUGCGCCUCCGAUGCCUCCUUCCACCCGGCCUUUUUCCCCCAAAGCCAAUCACUCAAGGGCGUCUUCUACCGCCGAGCCCAGCGGCUGCGGCCACAAGACGAGCCCCACCAGGGCGGCCAGCCAGAGGACCGCAGGCGCCAGAUCAUCAUCAACGUGGGCGGCAUCAAGUACUCGCUGCCCUGGACCACGCUGGAGGAGUUCCCGCUAACGCGGCUGGGCCAGCUCAAGGCCUGCACCAACUUCGACGACAUCCUCAACGUGUGCGAUGACUACGACGUCACCUGCAACGAGUUCUUCUUCGACCGCAACCCGGGGGCCUUCGGCACCAUCCUGACCUUCCUGCGGGCUGGCAAGCUGCGUCUGCUGCGGGAGAUGUGCGCCCUGUCCUUCCAGGAGGAGCUGCUCUACUGGGGCAUCGCCGAGGACCACCUGGACGGCUGCUGCAAGCGCCGCUACCUGCAGAAGAUCGAGGAGUUCGCCGAGAUGGUGGAGCGGGAGGAUGAGGACGACCCGCUGGACAGCGAGGACCACGACAGCGAGGGGCCCACGGAGGGCGAGGGCCGCCUGGGCCGCUGCAUGCGGAGACUGCGCGACAUGGUAGAGAGGCCGCACUCAGGGCUGCCCGGCAAGGUGUUCGCCUGCCUGUCGGUGCUCUUUGUCACCGUCACCGCCGUCAACCUCUCCAUCAGCACCUUACCCAGCCUGAGGGAGGAGGAGGAGAAGGGCCAGUGCUCCCCGAUGUGCCACAACAUCUUCAUCGUGGAGUCUGUGUGCGUGGGCUGGUUCUCCCUCGAGUUCCUCCUCCGUCUCAUCCAGGCACCCAGCAAGUUUGCCUUCCUGCGGAGCCCGCUGACGCUGAUCGACAUGGUGGCCAUCCUGCCCUACUACAUCACCCUGCUGGUGGACGGCGCCGCCGCGGACCGCCGCAAGCCCGGCACGGGCAACAGCUACCUGGACAAGGUGGGGCUGGUGCUGCGGGUCCUGAGGGCGCUGCGCAUCCUAUACGUCAUGCGCCUGGCCCGCCACUCGCUGGGGCUGCAGACGCUGGGGCUCACGGCCCGCCGCUGCACCCGCGAGUUCGGGCUCCUGCUGCUCUUCCUCUGCGUGGCCAUCGCCCUCUUUGCCCCCCUCCUCUACGUCAUCGAGAACGAGAUGGCCGAGAGCCCCGAGUUCACCAGCAUCCCCGCCUGCUACUGGUGGGCCGUCAUCACCAUGACAACUGUGGGCUAUGGCGACAUGGUACCCAGGAGCACGCCUGGCCAGGUGGUGGCGCUCAGUAGCAUCCUCAGCGGAAUCCUCCUCAUGGCCUUCCCCGUGACCUCCAUCUUCCACACCUUCUCCCGCUCCUACCUGGAGCUCAAGCAGGAGCAAGAGAGGGUGAUGUUCCGGAGGACCCAGUUCCUCCUCAAAACCAAGUCGCAGCUGAGCAGCAUGUCCCACGACAGUGACAUCUUGUUUGGAAGUGCCUCCUCAGACACCAGAGACAACAACUGAGCCCAGAGGACACACCCCGCCACCGCCACCGCCAGGACACCCCCAGCCCUACCCGCCCUCUGAGGCUUGAAGCUAUCGCCAUCACUACAGAAGCCUUCAAAGGCACGUGCUGCUUCUGAGCGCAGCCCUGGCCUAGGAGUGACCGAGCCACGCCCCCGGGGGGAUGUCCCAGCAUCCAUCCGCAGGGGGUCGCUCGUCCUCAGAGUCCAGAAGGGAAGCCCAGCACACAGCCCUGUCGGUCCCCCCACCCACCCCAGCCCCCAUGCCUGUUUCCCUAAUAAGGAAAUGGCUUGUUCUUUCCACCAUGUAAAUAACACACCCAGCAAAGACGUGCUUUCUGGGGCUGCCUAGAAAAAAAAUACAAACAUCAGCAGCUACACGUCUGUCUUUAGUGUGGAUCAUGUGCAAUUAAAGAAAAACGGUGAAAAAGAGAGAAAAAGCCUUCCAUGGAGCUCUCUUAAGAGAGGAAACGGCGCUUCCCAGCAAGGCCAGCCAGUGUGGGAACCAGAAGUAAAAGGGCCUGGUUCCUUGGGUCCUUCAUGACUGGUGGGGUCCCCGUGGGGUUGGAGGAAAACAGGGCGGGUAACUUUGGGAAACUGCUGGUAAAGACUGCAGUCCCUCACUCUUCUUUCUCUUUGGUUCCUCCCACCUCCAGGCCUCUCUUUCCCUCCUUUUUCCUUCUCUCCCAUCUGCUGUUCUCCUCUUUUGCACCUUAAGGCCUGUUUCUCAAACUUUUUCCCCAAGGCACCCCUAACAGCCAAGUAGAUACCAAGUCAGCAUUGCUGACUACAAAGGUGAAAUCACUUCAUUUUCUCUUUUAAAAACAUAGGGUG